AAACUGAACCGCGAGGUUUGCUUGGUCUCUCUCGAACUCUAUUUAAGGGGUCCCCGCCUUCACGUACUCGAUCAUCUUCUUGCCCUAAUCUGCUGUUGAAGUUCUCUGCCAUCGUAACUUUGUAAGACGAGAUGAAGGUGGUUGCUGCUUAUAUGCUGGCUGUUUUGGGAGGGAACACCAGUCCCUCUGCGGAUGAUUUGAAGAAAAUUCUUGGAUCAGUUGGAGCUGAGGCUGAUGACGAUAGGAUUGAGUUGAUGUUGUCCCAAGUUAAAGGUAAGUGUAUCACCGAGCUAGUUGCAUGCGGAAGAGAGAAGAUGGCAUCUGUUCCUUCUAGUGGCGGUGCAGUUGAUGUUGCCACAAUUGCAACAGGUGACGUUGCUCCUUCUGCUGAGCACAAGGAGGAGAAGGUUGAAGAGGAUGAAGAGUCCGAUAAUGAAAUUUUCACCCUCUUUGACGACGAAGUAUGAAGAGUUUGUAGGAAACUCAGUUAAGAGUACUUGUAAAAGGAGGAUAUGCCAUUGAGGUUCUAGUUGUAAUUGCGCAUUUGGUUUUGUUAUUGCCAUUGAGGUUCUAGUUUGUAUCCAUAUAAUGGAUAAUUUUGAGGCAUAAACAGUCCUACUAAAUCAUGACCAUAAUGCAUACUCGCAGCAAAAACAACCGCACGUUACUAAACAGAAUGUUACUCACAACCAAUCAUUUUAAAAACAAUGUAUUAGUUACAAGAUCAAGCUACUAUUAAGUUACUGAUGUAGAUCGUACCUCGCUUCUGGGUUGGGCGCGAGAUCGGAAGCAAUGGCGUUAGGCGGUGAUGGUUUCGGGCGGCGAUGGCGUUGUGAAGCUCAACGGCUCUGCGUUGUGGAGAGAUGAUGGGCUGGGCUUCACUGUUGGGCCUUGGCUACAUAUCCUGUAGGGCUGUGGUUUAUAGGCCCGGGCCUUCACUUUGUCUUUGGGCUAAGUGUUGGUCCUAGGGCUACUAUUAGGUCUGUUUUGGCCUCCAAAUUAGAUAGAAUUUUAUCUUUCUAAGUUAUACCCUAUUUUUUUAGGGAUCUAUGCACUUUUGUUUUGUUUUUGUGCCUAUUUACUAUGUAUGUUCAUAGUUUAUAGGCUUGCUGAAUAAGUGAGCACUGGUUGUCUAAUGGGUGGUGCUAGCAUAUCACGGCCUAAACUUGCCCUAGAGUUGGCAAGGGAAGGUAUGUAU